CAGGGGUACGAUGGGGCUGCAGCUAUGUCUGGACAAUUUAAUGGUGUUAGGUCACAUAUUUCUCAAUUGUAUCCGAUGGCAACUUAUGUUCACUGUACAGCACACACCCUUAACUUGGCAGUAUCUAAAUCUUGUACAAUACAACCAAUUAGAAACUGCUUGGGUACGAUUGGAAAAUCACGAGAUUUCUUUGUAUACCCCAAACGAAAAAAUAUACUUUCACAAGCAAUCGAAGACUUUAAUGGAACAAUUAAUGCAAAAACAUUAAAACGCAACUGUGCUACAAGAUGGAUCGAACGUUUUCAUUCAGUUCACGAUUUUAUCGAACUUUUGGAAUGUGUCGUUGAUUCCUUAGACACUAUUAGUAGUUGGGCCGAUGGUGAUACCUCAAGUCAAGCAAAUAAUUUAAAAAAUUCAAUCUUACAAGGAGAGUUUAUCAUAUCACUUUUGGUUUUAUCGAAAAUAUUUGCAGUUGGAUUGCCACUAUCUAAACAAUUCCAAAGCGUUGCCAUUGAUUUAAGAGAAGCUAUGAUAUUAGCUAAUGCGACACUGUCUGAAUUAAAAACAAUUCGAAGUAACAUUGAUGAAUAUUUUCAUGAAAUCUAUACAAAAGCAUCUGUUCUAGCUCAGGAGUUGUGUUUUUCAAUAUCAUUACCUCGAAUUGCACGUAAACAAAAAAACAGAGAUAACUAUUCAGUGAACACGCCUGAAGAAUAUUUUAAAAUAACAAUAUUCAUACCUUAUUUAGAAUUGUUUAUUAACGAAAUUGAAUCGAGAUUUAUUGAACAUCAGAAAACAUUAAAAGGAUUUCAAAACUUAUUUCCAAAAACGUCAGAAAUGACAACACUUGAAAAAGAUGAAUUUAUUAGUUUGAUAGAUUUUUAUAAUGAUGAUUUGGCAGAUAACAAUAAAGAUAUUUUGGUAUCUGAGUUAAAACUUUGGCGACGUAAAAUACUUGCACUAGAUAAACAACCUACAAAUGCUAUGGAUGCUUUAGUUAUCUGCAAUAACAUGUAUCCAAAUAUAUACAAAUUACUACAAAUUUUAGCAACACUACCUGUUUCAACAGCUUCAUCCGAAAGAUCUUUUUCAUCAUUAAAGAGAAUUAAGACGUACCUAAGGAAUACAAUGUCAGAGAAAAGAUUAAAUGGUUUGGCAAUGCUCUCCAUUCAUCGUUCAAUAUCAGUAGAUGCAAAGGAAGUGUUGGACGAAUUAUCUAUUAACAAACGUCGAGUGGAUUUUAUUUUAUGAAUUAUUAUAAUAAACUAAUAUAAAACUAUAAAAACUAUUUAUAAUUAAUACAAAUUUGAAACAAAAUAAAAAUAACGUACGUAAAAAACUAAUAA